AAUGAUUUAUUCUGACAUUAUGUCACCGACAACAGGAUCGAACGGUUUAACGCGCGCUGGUUCUUAUAUCGGCCACCAUGGUUCGGCGGCCAGAAUACAGAACCGCGGCGACGGGCACGCGCCGAUGCCCCUAUCCCAUUCUACUGGAAUAUUAUUAACUUCUGAAAAUAUAAACACAAAAAUAUUGAAAAGAUCGCGAACAACAAAUGGUUUCUUCGUUGACUUUGAUUCGGAACUGAAACACAGAAUGGAGUUUUUUCAUAAAGAGGAAUGUUUUUAUACCCAUGAAAUGUAUGUAAAAGCCGGAAAAAUUUACGACGCUUUGAAACAUGAAAGUGAGGAGGUUUUAAUUGCCAAAAAGAGAGAUAAUUCUAAUUCCAACGAUGCCUUGAAUCAGUUAGCACAGUUGGAUUUUGAAAAUGAUAAUGAAAAACGUCUCACAUUUGAAUUGUCGUUUUCAACGUUAAAAUAUCAGAAUUUGUUUGAAGAGAUAAUUGAUGAAUGUUCUUUCUAUAAUCUCUAUCCUGAGCUACGGGAAGACGAGGGUCUGGUAAUGGUGACCCUGUGUGAGUUUCAGGAGAGGAAGUUCCAAUAUAGAUCACCUCAUCCUGGUGAAAUUCAGAAUCCGUUAGUGCAGCAAGUAGAACGAGCAAUUAUGGACACUAAAACAAAGCUAAAUGCCGCUUUAGCACGUCACAGAAUAAAAGCCAGUGCACGUUCUCUGGAGUUCCUUUUGCCAGACAAUGUUAGAAAAAAUGAUGCAGUCAAAGAGAAGAUGCCAGCAUAUUUUUGGGUGAACCAAAUCAAAUCAAGUAUGGAUGAAGUGAUGGAAGUUUUAAAGAAUGACGGAUAUAGAUGUAUACCAAAUGUUAUUGAUGGUGCACAUGAUGAAGAUAAAGUAUUUAGUGUUGAUCAUCAUUGUCCAGACUUACUCGUCUUUUCUUCUCACUGGAUAAGAGAUCUGCAAAAGAAUUAUCUUAUUACAGAAGGUCACCUAGUCAGACAGGACAAAUCUAGCUGUUUGGCACCACAUUCUGUUAAAUAUCUUCUUAACGACGAUGAUGACGUCAUACACGUCAACGCAGGUUCCGGCCUCACUUCCGCCCAUAUUGCUAGUCUAUUGAAACAAUCAAAGAGCCAUAUCUGGACGUUCGGUGCUACAAGUGAUUCAGAAGCCUAUAACAUACACAAGAACAUUGAAAGACUGGAAGUUGGUAAACAAGUUAGAGUUGUCUCUGAACCAUUUCUAGACGUAGAACCAGACGACUCGCGUUUUAAAACAGCACGUGUUGUCUUGGUAACUGCUUUUUGUAGUAAAUCAGCAGUCACAAAUCCUGUAGAAUUUGUUGUUAGCGAAGGAGAAGAUAUGACCAUAUUAAAAGAUUUAUCUGUUGGUGAAAUGGAUGCAACUAGAAUUGGUGAAUUGAUGCAUCAACAUACACUCAUAUUACGUCAUGCCAUGAAAUUUUCUAAGGUGCAAGCCGUGGUUUACAUGACACGAAGUGUACAUGAAGCUGAGAAUGAGAACGUGGUACAGAAAACAGUUGAAUAUGUUAAUAUGAUACAGCAGAGACGAAUGCCUUAUAGACUUGUACCUCCAGUCUUACCGUUUAGUGCUGAUGAAAUAGAGAAUAAUAAUGGUAUAUGUGGUAAAUACAUGAAGUAUUCACCAUCCAGUUUUAUGAAUGGUUGUUUUGUUGCUGUUAUAACAAGAGAGCCAGAAGAAUUGAAAGAGACGGCGAAAGAUGUGAUAGCUCGCGCUGCUGCCAAAGGACUACUUGGAAAUAAGUCGUCUAAAAUAAAAAAUCAUGAUGGACAAAAUGGAGACGGUACUGAGUGUGUCGUUAACGGUGGACACCCAGAAGAAAAACUUUUACGUAAACGCUCUCGUAAAGGGUCUAAGCGGAUGAGAGGAAGUGUCAGCUUGCCCGUGAAUAAUGCAUUAAAGCCUCUCGCUAGUAGUCCAAUACAGCUUUAUGUUAAAAGAUCGCCUACACGGGUCAAUGCCUUCGUCUCACCAACCCGUUCAACAGAUAGACUUCACUCAUCGAUAUCCCGAACAUCAUCAAAACAGUCCACUGCCGAGAAAAACAAAGGUCCGGAACAUGUACGUGUGGUUAGACAUCCGGCACCCUUUAGGUGAUGUUACACGGCAUGUUUUACAAUCACAGCGCAUGCUUAAACUUAAACCACACUUGUUACAAAAUAUAAAACACUUUAAAGACAAUAAUAAAUGUCCGGCAUGGUUGUCGAGUCGCAUUAUUUUAGUGGAAUAUGGAUCGUAUAUUUUAAUGCUAAUGCUAACACGCAUUUCUACUUUCAUUUUAUAUAGACAUUUAACUACUAGUAUUUUUACACACAUUUUAUAUUAUUUAAAUCAGAGCGGAUACCAUAAAAAGUAAAACUCGUAAUUAUAAUCAGAUUUAAAACCUUGAAAAAAAUCUAUAUUUUACACACAUUUUCUAAUUUUUCUAAACAUUCCGGGAUUCGCUUUUCUACUAUUAUUACAUACAGUUUUUAUUAUUUAAAUCAGAACGGAUACUAUAAAAAAGUAAAAUUCGUAAUUAUUAUCAGAUUUAAAACUAUGAAAAAAACUGUAUUUUAAUCACAUUUUCUAAUCUUUCUAAACAUUCCUAGAAUCGAUGUAAGUGAACUAUUAAUCACUCCUGGUUAGGCUUAGAUUGUUAAAGAUACGCCAAAAUUUCCCCGAGUAAACUAUGUAUUCUUCCAGGACAACAAAUGGGAUAAAAAAAAAGUAGUAACUUAGCUCUUGAUUUUCUUUCUUUAAAUCUUUACCCGCCAGCAUUACAACAAAGAUCUGUGAUAUAUCAUUUUUUACAAAUAAAUGUGCAUGAAGAUUUUGCUCAGCAAAAACAUAUAUAUAUAAUUUGUCUUUUUAGAAAUCACUUUUGUAUGUGGAUUUUGUGAAUGGCAAUGUUUGUAUGAAUUGAAAUACAAUAUGUGUGUGUAUAGUCUGGUUUUAGGAUUAUUUAUUGUAUGUUUUUAGGGCUAUGUGGUAUUUAAUAAAUUGUUAACUGUC